AGUGAUUUGUAUUAACUCAUCAGUACGUCAACUUUUAAACUGGUAUUUGCUUAACCGGAUGGGAUUUUAGGACUGCUGUGAUUGGUCGAUACGAAAAGGCUAACUUUUUAUGUGCAGGCAACUGACUGCGUGAGGACAAUGGAGAAGGUUUUAUGUCAUGUCCACGGCAGCGUGUGCAUGUUGAAAACGGGCCUCAAAGAUGGACCCAAUAAAGGCAAAAGCUUCUACGUCUGUGUGGACAAGCAAGGCUGCGAUUUCAGUCACGUGGCACGAAUAUCCCCGUCCCACUGCCUCCAUCAUGAAGACUCGAUGGUGGAACUCCAAGCACUCACCUACAGUCUGCAACAGCAGAGCCACAGGUUGUUCUUCAGGUGCAUUGUGGGUAAAAAAGCAGGCCAGAGGUGGUGUGGAAACGUGCCGUGGACAGCACCCGACAAGGACAAGAGAAACCCUCUAUCUGACACGCAGCUGCAGCCGUCCUGCCUGCCGCCCCAUCGAAACCCCUUCAAGGCCUCCGGCAAGUCGGACAAGGACUCCGAGUGGAGACGGUUGCAGCAGCGUGGUGGGGGGGAGGAGAAAAAGAGCGAGGGGAGAGACAGCGGGGCAAGUCCAGAGGCCGAAGGAGGAGAACGCCAUCAGAAGGAAAACAUCGAGGAGGCGGGGAAGCUGGACUCUCACCGAGGCAAAUAUCUUCCACCGGGGAUGAAGUUAAAGAAGAGAGUUUCAGAUGAGGAGGAGAACCGUCUCAGAGCUGGCAGUGUGGGGAACCUGACAGAUAAGGAGCUGGAGGAGAACCGCCUCAAAGCUGGCAGUGUGGGGAACCUGACAGAUAAGGAGCUGGAGGAGAACCGCCUCAAAGCUGGCAGUGUGGGGAACCUGGUGGAUAAGGAGCUGGACCAGACUGAGGAGAACCGCACUGCGCGGGGAGAAUCCCAAAACAUGGUUUCUACCUCCAGUGGGAAGGCCGAUCGCCCGGAGAAGAAGAGUCCGGCCUCACGGCCUCCACAACCCACCGGAAGCAGAGCCGGUCAGGUUGAACAAACUGAGGGCGUCUCUAAAGCUGCAGCCAGGAGCAGCAGAGACUCUGAUAACACCAGGAACCCCACAUCCAGUCAUACCCAGAUCUACCAAGGCGAUGAUGAUGAUGAUGAUGAUGUGGUGGUGGUGGUGUCGGUGAAACCCGCCACUCAGAAAACUCCUCCAGUUUCUGCCGUUCAAAAGACGCUGACCACCUUUGCUGGGUUCCAGCCGGCGUGUAAGGUCAAAGGUCAGCCAGGAGACCCCAGAGGGCUGCACAGCCUGCUCACGGCUCAACUCCAGCAGAAAAAGGCCACUCUGUCUGCGGUGAAUGUGGCGGCUCUGCCGGACCACGGGGAGCGUCUGAGGACUCAGGUGAAGGAGCUGGAGGACUCGCUGGCGUCUCUGAGCCUCACUGCUGCUGCUCAGCCUGCUCUCUCAGGGUCUCCGGGUGGAGAUGACAGCGGUGAUGCCGGUCUGGGGGGCCGCCAGGUUACCCUCUUCAGCCGGCAGGGCGGCACCAUCCUGCUCCCCGCCCCCCCAGCACCGAGCUCCUCCCAACACCAGGCCUCCGGCAGCUCCCUGGGACCCCAGCUGAGCCAGGGAUUCAGCCAGAUGGGUGGAGCACUCUCACAGGUCGAGGCCUUUUACGGUGGCAGGAUGACCGAGAACCGGCUGCUGGCUGUGAAAAACGCCACCUGCGAGACCAUCGACCAUCUCCACAAGUCACAGGAGUCCUGCCCCGACGCGGAGGACCAGGUUCCGGACCCCAAGGGCAUCAAGGUGUUGCUCCUGGCCCAUCAGAGGAGAGCUUUGGCCUGGCUGCUCUGGAGAGAGAACCAGAAUCCCUGCGGAGGAAUUCUGGCGGACGACAUGGGUCUGGGCAAGACCCUGACCAUGAUCGCCCUCAUACUGGCCCAGAAGAUCAAACAGAAAGAGGAGAAGGAGAAGCAGGAGAGCUGGAUCUCCAAAGCCGACUGCAGCCUUGUGGUCUCUAGAGGAACCCUGAUCAUCUGCCCCGCCUCCCUGGUGCACCACUGGAAGAGGGAGGUCGAGAGGCAUGUGAAGACGGGCAGGCUGACAGUGUACCUGUACCACGGCCCCACCCGCGAGAAGAGGGCCCGAGUGCUGGCUGACUACGACGUGGUGGUGACCACAUACGGGCUGGUCUCUAAGGAGGUGCCAGUCCAGAAGGAGGACCCGGAGAAACCCAGCAGAGGUUCUGAUGAAGUGCCGUCACGCUCGACCCCUCUUCUGCAAGUGAGCUGGGCCCGGCUGGUUCUGGACGAAGCCCACAACAUCAAAAACCCCAAAGUGCAGACCUCCAUGGCCGUCUGCCAGCUGAGGGCCGGUGCUCGCUGGGCGGUCACCGGUACGCCGAUCCAGAACAACCUGCUGGACAUGUACUCGCUGCUCAAGUUUCUGCGCUGUUCUCCGUUCGAUGAGUACAAAGUGUGGAAAGCUCAGGUGGACAACGGCUCGCACCGAGGCCGAGAGAGACUCAACAUCCUGACCAGGACUCUGCUGCUCCGGAGGACCAAAAGCCAGCGGGACUCCAAAGGAAACCCACUGGUGCUUCUACCCGAUCGGACCUGCGAGGUGCAUCAACUCAAACUGUCCCAGGAGGAGCAGGAGGUGUAUGAUGUGGUCUUCGCCCAAUCCAGAUCUACUCUGCAGAACUACCUGAAGAGACACGAAGGGAACGAUGUGAAGAAGACCUCCGCUUCCAAUCACUUUGACAAAGAAACUCUGUGUGUGUGUGUGUCUUCCCUCCCAGUGGCCCGGGAGUUUGGGAUGUCUCAGCCUGAUGUUGCCGGGUCCACUUCCCAGCAGGCGUCCAGCACCGUCCACAUCCUGUCCCUGCUGCUGCGUCUCCGGCAGUGCUGCUGUCACCUGUCGCUUCUCAAGAAGACUCUGGACUCGUCAGAGCUGCAGGGCGAUGGCAUCGUCUUGUCUCUGGAGGAGCAGCUCAACGCUCUGUCCCUCUCCUCCUCCUCCUCCUCCUCCUCCUCCUCCUCCUCCGGCCCUCAGCCUGCAGACACGGUGGCCCUCAAUGGGACCCGCUUCGCCUCCCAGCUGUUCGAGGACACCAGUGAGAGCACCAAGAUUGCUGCUGUUGUCUCUGAGCUGGAGGCCAUCAGACGGAGCGGUGCUGACCACAAAAGUGUGAUCGUGUCCCAGUGGACCAGCAUGCUCCGGAUCGUAGCGGUCCACCUGCGUCGGAUGGGCCUCAGGUACGCCGUCAUUGACGGGACCGUGGCCCCCAAACGCCGCAUGGACCUGGUGGAGGAGUUCAACACCAACGCAGACGGGCCCCAGGUGAUGCUGGUGUCUCUUUGUGCUGGAGGGGUGGGACUGAAUCUGAUCGGGGGGAACCACCUGUUCCUCGUGGACAUGCACUGGAACCCAGCCCUGGAGGAUCAGGCCUGUGACCGGAUCUACAGAGUUGGACAGAGUAAAGACGUCACCAUCCACAGGUUCGUGUGUGGCGGCACGGUGGAGGAGAAGAUCUCCACGCUGCAGGUGAAGAAGAAGGAGUUGGCCCAGAACGUGCUGUCGGGAACGGGGAGCACCGUCUCCAAGCUCUCCCUGGCCGACCUCAGGGUCAUUUUUGGUGUCUGAGAUGAGAGUUUGGGUAUAACAAUAAUCUUUGUAAUAUCUAUUUUUGUGUGGCCUUUCUUUCAAAGCUGUUUUCAAAUAUCUUCGUUUAAAUAUGAUGUUUUGUUGGCUUUCAAUAAAUUCAGGGGAUGAAGCUCAUGUGA